AUGAAUCCUAGCUUGAUAUCAAAGGCCGCCGGCCCCGCGCGUGUCCUGGCGCAAAGUGCACCAAAGAUUCAAUGUUUAAGGAAAGGUGCUCAACUUCAUACUGCCUCAUGGCAUGUCGGAUCUCGUGACCGAACUUCUUUUAAGAAAGGAGCUCGAGGUCCUUCGGCGAAGCGGUUGUUCCAUGCUACAAAUGCCGUCCAGCAGAAGGACCCUUACCAAGCUCUUGGUGUCGAUAAGACCGCAUCCGCCGGUGACAUCAAAAAGGCCUACUAUGGCCUAGCGAAGAAGUUCCAUCCCGAUACGAAUAAGGACCCCCAGGCGAAAGACAAGUUUGCCGAUAUUCAGUCCGCCUACGAGAUUCUUUCCGAUCCCAAGAAGCGCGAGCAAUUUGACCAGUUUGGCGCCGCCGGCUUCGACCCUAGCGGCGGAGGUGCCCCCGGAGGUGGUGGUGGUUUCGGAGGUGGCCAUCCAUUCUCUGGCUUCGGUGGAUUUGGUGGACAAGGUGGAGGCUUCGGUGGUUUCGGAGGCCAGGGAGGGUUCGGCGCCGGCGUCAACUUCGAGGAUAUCUUUUCGGCAUUCACCGGACAGCAAGGUUUUGGCAGACGCGGACGACAACAGGCCUACCAGCAGGAGACCUUAGUCGGAGACAAUAUUGAGGUUCAAGCUACCAUCAGUUUUAUGGAGGCUGCCAAGGGCACGAGCAAGACAAUUUCGAUUACACCACUCAGCACCUGCGGAACAUGUAAGGGCAACGGUCUGAAGGCCGGCACAUCGAGGAGUGCAUGCAGUGCUUGUGAUGGAUCUGGUACCCGGGUUCACUUUAUGCAGGGAGGUUUCCAAAUGGCCUCUACUUGCGGAACAUGUGAAGGUACUGGCACGGUUAUUCCUAAAGGAUCUGAGUGUAGGCCAUGCUCAGGAAAUGGUGUGGUGAGGGAGAGAAAGUCGAUCACAGUGGAUAUUCCUGCCGGCAUUGAAGACGGUAUGCGGCUCCGAGUCGAUGGGGCUGGUGAUGCACCUGCUACCGGCCGAUCGUCUGAGCCCAACGCUCGUAGCCAGAGCGGAGACCUAUACGUCUUUGUCCGAGUUGCGAAGGAUCCUAAGUUCCGACGAGAUGGCUCCAACAUUCUCUACACAGCCAAUAUCCCUCUUACGACUGCCAUGCUAGGUGGACACGCAGAGAUUCCUACUUUAGAUGGAACGGUCAAUGUUAAGGUUGCCACUGGCACCAACACCGGUGACAAGAUUACCCUACCCGGCAUGGGAAUGAAGCGCCUCGGUUCCCGACGUGGCGGAAAUGGCGAUCUCAGAGUUGAGUACCGAGUCUCUAUGCCUAAGUACUUAAGCGCGAACCAGCGAACCAUUGUCGAAGUACUUGCCGAUGAGAUGGGCGACAAGACUGCCAAACGGGUGAUGGGCGUCAGCUCUUCAAGGGACCCCAAUGACCCUGAAUCGCAUAAGGACGAGAGUUUCCUCAAAUCACUCUGGCAUACACUCACCAAUAACCCUGCUCACGCAAAGGCGAACGAGGAUGCAAACGAGAGCGACAAAACAAGCAAGAAGUCCGACGAGAAUGAGAAGAAAUAA